GGGGAGGCCUGCAGAACCCGCAGAGGACAAGGAACGCCAUGUUUAUUAUCCUAAAUGUGCGGUUCAAGCCUAUACGUGAUGUGAAAUACACCGUUUCGAACUUUACUUUAUUAUUUAUUAGUGAACAAUAAAACAAUAACUCUCGAGUGCGUGAGUGCGUGUGUGUGAGUGUGUGAGUGCCUGUGUGGGUGGGUAUGCCGAUAGUUAAAAAAAAGGGUAAUAAUAUCAAAACAAAAACACGAGAGGAACAAUAAACCGGACAAUUGGGACGAUUGUGACCUUUGUGGCAACACACGAAAUAGAAGCGCUUUCUUAUUUCUCGAAAGGACUACGCGGUCAACUUUGUAAGCGCGUAAAUAUUAUACAUUUCUAAAAAAAAAAAUCGUUUAUUUGUUCCUUUUUUCCCAUACACUUUGCACUCGGAGGCCCGGCUUUGUUGUAUCUACUUCGGAGGUUUUGUCUCUUGUUUUUUUUUCUCCAUUCUCAACUUGAUUUAAACUCGAAUUAUUUUUUCUCGGUGGAACUAUUUACGUUUUCGGGAAAAUAAUCAGUGGGACGCUUUUUCGCGAACGUUGUAACGCUCUCGCCUACUAAUACGAGAUUAUUCUGAUUACGUAUUGUUUACUUGUUCAUCCGUUUUCUCAGACUGAUCCUUUAAACGAAAAAAAACAUUGAAAAUCUGUCAAUGUGCAUAUAGAAUUCAUACUUUAUCUGUAUUUUCAUUGUGUCAACGAUAUUUAUCAACUUUUGUAUCUGAGAUACAAAUAUCCGGACAAAAUUCGUUACAAUGCUAUUUGGACAGUCUGUUCAAUAAUUUUCAUCGUGUUUUUCAGAAACGAAGUAAUACCAUAAUAUCUCAAGAUGUGGUCGUCGCAAAGUAACAAUUCAACAACAAAUUUCCCUGCGAAUGCCCUUCGUACACUAGGAAUGACCUCGGCAAUUAGUGUGGCCGAACCAAAACCAAGCGAUCACACUAGAACAAACGAAUUGAAGGAAGCCCUCAAGCCAUAUAAUGUUUUUGAAUCUGAGGAAGAAUUAAACCACAGAAUGGAGAUUUUGAGUAAACUUAAUACUCUAGUAAAACAAUGGAUUAAGGAUACAAGUAUUGCAAGGAAUAUGCCUCCCAAUGUGGCAGAGCAGGUUGGCGGUAAAAUUUAUACAUUCGGUUCGUAUAGACUAGGUGUACAUCACAAAGGCGCUGACAUUGACGCUCUUUGCGUCGUUCCUCGACAUAUUAAAAGAUCCGAUUAUUUUUCAACCUUUUUUGAGAUGUUGAAGAAACAACCUGAAGUGACAGACUUGAGGGCAGUCGAAGAAGCUUUCGUACCUGUGAUUAAAAUGAACUUUGACGGUAUAGAAAUAGAUAUGCUUUUUGCCAAACUCACGCUCAAAGAAAUACCAGAUUCCAUGGAUUUGCGAGACGAUAUGUUGCUGAAAAACUUGGAUCAAAAGUGCGUGAGAAGUUUGAACGGUUGUAGGGUGACUGACGAAAUUUUACGUCUAGUACCGAACAUCGAAAAUUUCCGAUUGGCACUCAGAGCUAUAAAAUUGUGGGCGAAACGACAUGGAAUAUACAGUAAUGUACUUGGUUAUCUUGGUGGAGUCUCGUGGGCUAUGCUGGUAGCCCGAACUUGUCAACUUUAUCCUAACGCCGUAGCUGCGACUUUGAUCGAAAAAUUUUUUCUUGUUUUCUCACAAUGGAAAUGGCCACAACCAGUUCUCCUCAAGCAACCGGAUAACGUUAAUUUAGGAUUUCCCGUUUGGGAUCCAAGAGUAAAUAUAUCAGAUAGAUAUCACUUGAUGCCAAUAAUAACACCGGCAUAUCCACAACAAAAUUCUACAUUUAACGUAUCAGUGUCGACGAGAACAAUAAUGCAAGAGGCAUUCGAGUCUGGUUUGUCAAUAACCGAAGAGAUUAUAAUGGGAAAAGCAACGUGGGAUAAACUGUUCGAGCCACCAAACUUUUUCUGCAAAUACAAGCACUACAUUGUAUUAUUGGCGAGUAGUUCGACCGCUGAAGAUCAGCUCGAAUGGUGUGGACUUGUCGAAUCUAAAAUACGGCAUCUGAUAGGUACUUUGGAAAGGAAUCCUCACAUAACGCUGGCUCACGUGAAUCCAGAGGGGUUCGCGCCAAUGAAUCCAACACACGGGAAUAAUUGUUCAAUGUGGUUCAUCGGAUUACUCUUCGCGAAAAGUGAAAAUCUUAAUGUCGAUCUGACGUACGACAUAAGAUCUUUCAAUGAAACAAUUGAGAGAUUAGCGGAUCAACUCAAAGUCUUAAAGGAAGGAAUGCUCAUUGAGGCGAAACACGUAAAACGAAAGGAUCUUCACACUUACGUAUCGCCCAGUUUGUUGAAACGGGAAAGAAAGAUUUCCGGAGGUAAUCAUAGAAACGGAACCGUCGGAGGGAACGGAAACACUGAAAAUCCAUCACCGAAUCGCCAAGUUGAUUCUACCAGUAGGAAGAGACUCUCCGAUCAGGCGAUCGAUGCAUCAGGCAAAAAACGACGAGUUCACGACAACGAACAACAAAUAACACAGGGGGAAGACGGAACGUUGGUCGUUCAAUCUUGUGGCGAUGACAGCAAUUCGGGAUACAGCUUGGACGAGUACAAACAAAACUUGACAACUCCUAAGGACGAAGGACCUGCCGGUGGUUCAACGGUAGUGCAGGAAGGGUACGUUUGCACCUGACCGAUGCCAGGCGUUCUACCUCGAAGCGAUCAGCAACAGAUGCUCGUCCAGGUUAUUUAAAGUAUAAAACAAAACAUAAUUUUCUGACACACCCACACACACAGACACAAACAAAAACAUACACAUCUCUAUCGACAUCCACGUUGUCCACUGCCCAUUUCGUAAGUCCCUCUACUUUUCCCCCAUUCUCUCUGUCUCUUUCGCUUUUUUUCUAUAAAAAGUUACAAAUGAUCGAAGUAAAGUUGCCGGUUUAGCUUCAACAAUCCACGAAACGAGGAGGGUCUGAAAUUUGUGAUAACAGAAAUGAAAAGGACACAAAACUGCAUCCGUAUUCGAAAAGAUAAAACAUUUUUUUUUCUCGAAAGAGAAAAAAUCACGAUCGUUGCGAUCCGGGAAUGCUUACGAAAACGGCAUUUUACUUUUUAUAUGACGAACGAGACACAUAUCUGCAUAUAUUUGUACAAGUAUUUGCAAAUAUGUCUUUUUUUUAGCUUACGAUAUUGUCAGGACGAGCGAGCUCAUUAUUGGGACUUCGAUAUUUAGAGAUUUGGAUAUCCACUUGCAGUCUGUUCGAUGCUGUUUUCUUUUCUUUUUUUCACGCUUAUUUAAUAAAUUUUUCGACCGAGACUCAAUUGUAGUGCUCUCCGUUAUUACUUUGUGACUCAAAGAAAUUCAAAUGAAAAAGAAAAAAAUCUAUAUAUUUACCGAAAAAAAAAGAGAAAAAUACAGUUACAUAAAACUGUCGAUCAUCUCCAGUUUCUCUGAUGUGUAUAUAUAACAUAUUUAAAAAAUAAUGAAUAACCCUCGUCUAAUGAGAAGGAAAAAAAAGAAAUAAAACGACGAUCAUUUUUCGAGAUUGAGGAUAUCCAUCAUGUGUUUCGCUUCUUUCUAGUUUUCUCGUUUUCUGACGGCUCCAUCAUCCUCGUUGAUGAAUCCUUUUCAUCAUCACGUUAGGGACCACUUUCGUCUUUGUAUAUAUCGACGCGCGAACAUUGUAGAAUUUUGACACUUGUUUCUCUCUCUCUCUCUCUUUCUCUCUGCCCUGCCCUUUCUUUUUCUUUUCUUUGUUUCCACACGUCUCAGGUCCCUCGCGAAAUCGUAUUUACCAUCAUUAACUACAUGAAUUCAAAAUCGUCACCGAAAGUAAACUAUCCUAGGUACAAUCAUAGAGUACUUAAAACACGAAUUCCGGUUCAACAGAUUAAAUUGUUGUGUGUAGGAAAGAAAGACGGGGGGGUGUCAACUCGACUCGCAUGACUCAUUCGGAUAUUUAAACCGCGACAAAAAUGUUUAAUUUUUCUUUCUCAUAUUCCGUCGUUUAUUUAGAAAAAAAAUUAAGAAAUUUUAUAUACUCAAAAUAGAGAAGAGAAUUCUUUUGCAAUUUCUAACAAAAUGUAUUUUCGUUUAAAUUUAAUUCUUCUAUAACACCAUAUCAACGUGAGAAAAAUCUUUUUACCUGCGAUACAUAUUUCCUUUAUUUUUUAUUCGAUUUUAUUUAUUUCUCUUUUCAUUCUUGCAUCACGACCAAAAAUGAUGAUUUGACGAAUGCGAUGUACGAUAAAUCGUCGUUUCUGUUUCACCCUUGCAAAGUCGUGUUUGUAUCGUUUGAAAAAUGAGAAAAUGAUAAUGAUAAUGAAAUAUUAUCAUGAAAAUUAUAUACAAUAAUUAUAGAUCGUGUAGUACGCUGUAUGAAAAAAAUUGUUUUAUGGGCAUUUUGUGUUUACAACUCUCGUCGAAACGGUGUAAUGUAACAUUGGCACUUUGUGUCUCAUUCGUUCUUUCUUGUCUCGAAUAAUCAAUGACAAAAGUAUCGAUAAUUGUGCAAUAAAAAUGAUCCAUUUACAUGUUCACUCGGUACGAAAUAUUUCCCCCUGUUCGCGAGGUGACGUUUCACCAAGUCCGCUCGAGUCAUUGAAAAACAUUUGUAAACAGACACACACAAUACUUUCGUUGAGAAAAUUGAACGAAAUUUGGCAAUUUCGAGAUUGGCGAUAAACAAGCUACUAAUGGAAGUUCAAUUGAAUCGUGAUCAGAGUUAAUUGAAAAAACGAAGUAACUCGUUCAACUCAAAGCAAAUAACACUUUUGGAUCUCGUAGCUCAGAGAAUUUUUCGAUUAUAAACUUCUCACGCAUGCUCGAUGACAAAAACAAACGAAAAAUCUGCAAUGUCUGGAAGCCCCAUUAUUGUUGAUGGGAUUUCCUUCGAAAAAUAAAAAAAUAAGUUAACGCCCAAUCAGAUUUUCUUCCCACAAUCAAAUCAAGAUCAUCUUCAAUGACAACAAAAUCAUGGCUCAGUUGAUAAACCGGAUUCGUAAAUUCUAGUACAAUGUGUCAAAAAUACCGAAAUCGGUCGUUGCGAAUUGAUAUGAGAAAGACAAAAAAAAACAAAACUUAUCGUUAAUCCACGUAAUCAAUGAGGGUGAGAAUAUUAGGGAAAUUUGUACUCUCUCCUCUACGACUGUACACUAACUCUGUAUCUUUCUUCAAUAAAACGAAAAUACAUUUUUUUUUUAAUUUCCAUCGACAAAA